AAAGGAACAACCAAGGUUGAGUGAGGUUGGAAGCAGGGAGUAGCAGGACUUAAGGCCUGGAUUUGGCGGCCGGAAGGAAGGAGCAAGCGUGGCAUCCCUCUCCUCCUCUCAUGUCCCCUCCCUGUGUGUCCUUGCAUGUCAGUGCCCCCUCGUCAUCCCCCCCGUGUCUCACCCCGCCAGCCCUCUGUGUUCCUCCCCCUCAUGCUUGGGACAGACCGGCCCCACCGUCAGACCAAUGACUGCCUGGAUCAUACUGCCUGUCAGCCUGGCUGCCUUCUCCAUCACUGGCAUAUGGAUAGUAUAUGCUAUGGCUGUAAUGAACCACCAUGUUUGUCCUGUCGAAAACUGGUCAUACAAUGUGACGUGCACAGAAGAAACAGCCAAACCGGGCUUCCCAAAAACAUGCUGCACCCUUCAAGACAUCCCCCUCAUCAGUAAAUGUGGAUCCUACCCUCCCGAGAGCUGUCUGUUCAGUCUUAUCGGUAAUGUGGGAGCUUUUAUGGUGGUGAUGGUGUGUUUACUACGGUAUGCUCAGAUCAUCGAGCACAGGAACCACUGCUGGCUCAACACCAGUGGACUUGUGUCCGGAUGCACCAAUGCUGUGGGACUCGUCAUGGUGGGCAACUUCCAGGUGGACCACGCUAAAAAACUUCACUAUGUGGGUGCAGGCGCCGCCUUUCCUGCCGGAAUUCUGUUCGUGUGUUUGCAGUGUUUGCUGACCUACAGGGUGGCUGUCACAGCUCUGGACUACUGGAUGGCUCAUGUGCGCGUGGCUCUGGCUACUGGAGCUCUCAUCACACUGGUUCUCAGUGGGAUAUUCUUCAUCCACGAGAGCUUCGUCUUACAGCAUGCAGCAGCCAUCUGCGAAUGGGUCUUCACAGUGGUCAUCCUCAUCUUCUACGGGACUUUUACCUACGAGUUUGGAACUGUAACAACAGAGACCAUGUUGGCCGGCCUCCAGCGGAACCUAUCGCAUGGGCCCGGCGUCAUGAUCGGAGACGAUGUCCAAGCUGGCACCCUGGGAAGCAGUACCACAACAAAGAGUUUGAAAUCUCCAGGGGGAAGCAGCACCUCCACCCAUCUGAACUGCACUCCUGAGAACAUAGCAAUGCUUUAAACACAGCACACACACAGUCACAUACUGCCACGUGAGAGGCCGUCUCACGAUGGUGCUCCCACACAGAAAUCAAACUGAUUUAGGGGACGUUUACAUGACACAUUUUUCAACUAAAACUGAGAAAUGUUGUUUGCGCUUUGGCUGUUGGUUUACAUGACAACAGCAUUUUGAAAAACAUUUAAAGUGCAAUCUUUGGAAAAUGAUUGCACUGUCUUUUUGUAAACUUUUAAAAACAUGAAUUUGUUAAAAAUGGGGACAUCAUGCAAAUGCAUAUUGAUUAGGAUAUAUGCAGGAUACCCAUUGCCUUCUAAUUACUAAUUAAAUGAGCUACACAA